AUGGUGGUGGAGGAGGUUAUCGUGCAUCUUGUUAAGGGCGAGGAUGCAAUCCAGGACCCUUUUUUCUAUGUCUGCGGCCGAUUGCUUUCUCAGAAACGGGUAUUGCUUCCGCCUUUCUCAGUGGCAAUUUCCCGCAUUUGGGGAUUGAAAGACCGUGUUCGAAUCUGUGAAGAGGAAGGAGGGAUUUUGGUAUUCCAAUUCAAGGAGCAGGAGACGAAGGACCACGUCCUCAACGGUGGACCUUGGUUCUUUAACAACUCCAUGCUUCUCUUGGCGGACUAUGAUGGAAUUCAGGAUCUGGCAGAAAUUUCGCUGAACUCUAUGGAGGUUUGGGUGGCCGUGAAGGGAUUGUGCAUGGCCAUGCGCAAUGAGCACGCCUUAACCCUAAUCGAGAACUCCUUGGGCCUCUUUGUACAAUACGAUCAGGCUGCGUUGUAG